UUGUUUUUUUUUUCUAAAUUUGAAAGUCUUUUUUAGUGUUUGUUUUAGUGAUUUAUAAAAAUCAAGACAUCGAAGAAUAUUAACUAGAAAAAUGAAGAUCAUAAUUAGUAUUUUGAUUGGAGUAUUGCUUGCGAGUGUAUCGAAUGCUUCAGUUGGAUACGAAUCGAUGAGGUUUUGCGGCAGAAUGUUAUUCUAUGCUCUUACGGUAACAUGUAAUACGGACGUAACGCAUUUAUCCGCAGAAGUUCAACCGAUAGAGCACUACAUUCUAGACAAUACCUCGAGCAAAGAAAUAGAAGAGAAUGAUAUAGGAAUUCAAUCGAAACAAAUGAAGCGUCAAAAGAGAAGUUUUCUUCUCGAAACCUGUUGUUAUAAGGCCUGCACAUUGGAAGAGCUGAAACAGUUUUGUUGAAUGUAUUAUUGAAUUUGUUUUACAAAUAAAAGAAUGAUUAAAAAACCUUACUUUUUUUUAGUAACUGUUUCAAUUUACAGGAUCUUGUCGUUUGAAAGAAAUGAGAAACAUACGAAUAAAAUUACGCAGAAUAGUAUAACGGAAUUCAAUCACUUAAUAAAAACAGUACUACCUGGUUUAAUACUAAUCCGUGAUCAGUAUCAUGUUAAGGCGGUCGCUUAUUGUAUGUCUCAUCUAUUUUUUACAUCCCGACUCUGAGAACGUUCUAAGAACUUUAGUUUUUUAACAUACGAAGCUCCGGUACGUUCAUUACAUCACGUCUCAAAUGUAUAAUAAAUUAAAAAAUUGAAUCCGGCAAAGACGCGCAGAGUGGAGUGUAUUACUUUGAAACAAUGGCGAUUAAUUUGCUGUGUGUGAUUUUUUGUCUUAUUGUCUCAAUUACAGGUGUGCACAUAUCAAAUCUGGACGACUCUUGUCUCCGUUGUCUAUGUCAUGUUGCUGGAUGUGACCUCGCCCACGGAUGCUCACAAGGCUAUUGCGGCCCCUUCUACAUAUCCCGGGUGUACUGGGUAGAUGCUGGGAAACCCACGUUGCCUGAAGAUAACCCGGAAAGAAAAGAAGCCUUCGAAGACUGUGCUCGAGAUUACUAUUGUUCGGCGAAAAUAGUCGAAAGCUACAUGGCGAGAUUUGGAAAGGAUUGUAACAGAGAUGGCGUGACCAACUGUUACGAUUAUAUGAUGAUCAACCACCACGGCGGCGGCGCGUGCACCGAACCUCUGCAUCUCACCAGCCUGGGUCGCCGGCGCCUGCAACUCUUCCAGCAGUGUCGACUGUAACCUGCAUUACCUUCCAGAAUUAACGAAUAAUUUGCUUGACAGUAAAGAUUGAAAAUAGCGCCAUCUACUGGUGAUUGAAAUGUUUAGUAUAAGGUUUAAUUUAUUUAAAAUAAAAAUUGGUAUUUUUGGUUUAAAUUAAAAACAAAGUAUAGAAAAUAACAUUUUAUUUUUAAUAAAAUUACAUCAGUAUUGCUUAAGUUUAACUUUACGUCAUUAAUUAUAAUUUUUACAACAAUAAAUCUCUUUUACCGUUCAGGUAAUAAGAAAUUAAAAUUACAAAUCGAAAUACACUAAUGUAAGCUAAUUUUUAAGUAUAUCUAUUUGUUAAAUUUAAUAUAACCAAAUGUAUUUACAACAAAAAAUAAAUUUGUUUAAAAAACAAAAUUCGUUUUUUUUAAUUUCACUGGUAUAUCAUUUAAUUUAUCUAAAAAUAUUACCCAAUUCCGGACAUCCUGUAUAUCUGAAAAUCAGUUAUUAUUUUAAAAGUCUCUAUCUCCCAUAAACUACUUCAAAAGUAAAAAA